AUGGAAAGAAGGGUUCUUGAUGGUAUCAUUAAUAGGUUGCUUGAUGUUAGAGGAAGACCUGGGAAACAGGUUCAGCUUUCUGAAGGAGAAAUUAAGCAACUUUGUAUGGUUUCUAGAGAUAUCUUCUUGAAGCAGCCUAAUCUCUUGGAACUUGAGGCACCAAUUAAGAUUUGUGGAGAUAUCCAUGGUCAGUAUUCAGAUCUAUUAAGCCUAUUUGAGCAUGGUGGAUUCCCUCCUCGUUCGAACUACUUGUUCUUAGGCGACUAUGUAGACCGCGGAAAACAAAGCUUGGAAACAAUAUGUCUUCUUCUAGCCUACAAAAUUAAAUACCCUGAAAACUUCUUCCUUCUAAGAGGAAACCACGAAUGCGCUUCAAUAAAUCGCGUCUAUGGAUUUUACGACGAAUGUAAAAGGAGAUUCAAUGUAAGAGUAUGGAAGAUAUUUUCAGACUGUUUCAACUGUUUACCUGUCGCAGCUGUUGUUGAUGAUAAGAUUAUAUGUAUGCAUGGUGGAUUGUCGCCUGAAUUGCAUAGUUUGAAACAGAUAAGUAAUUUGCCAAGGCCGAGUGAAGUUCCUGAAAGCGGUCUUUUAUGCGAUCUUUUGUGGUCUGACCCUAGUAAAGAUGUUCAAGGCUGGGGAGUUAACGAACGCGGCGUUUCGUUUACUUUUGGUGCAAGUAAGGUUGCCGAGUUUCUACAUAGGCAUGAUCUUGAUUUGAUUUGCAGAGCUCACCAGGUUGUUGAAGAUGGAUAUGAGUUUUUUGCUAAUAGACAACUUGUGACAGUUUUUUCUGCUCCUAAUUACUGUGGAGAGUUUGACAAUGCUGGAGCAAUGAUGAGUGUUGAUGAAACACUUAUGUGUUCUUUUCAGAUAUUAAAAGCUGUGGAUCAUAAAAUGCCUAAGUUUGGUUUUAGGAGCGCCACUUCAUUCAAGAAGGCAUUUCUUGGGGCUAAAGUAAGGGCUGAUUGA